GACUGGCAGGGGAGCUCACAGAUCUGGGACGCUGCCAGAAAAAGGCAAAUUCUUAAGGUUAAUGGUUUUGACUGAUUUUUUAAAUCCUUGCUGGCGAAGAGGCCCGCCUCUCCCCAGUAUCAGCCCUUCCUCAUUCUUCGAAUCCGCGGCUCGGCGGUCUCCGGCGUCAGACCAGCCGGAGGCUGCCUGUUUGCAAUUUAAGCGGGCAGUGAACGCCCAGGGUCGGGGGAGGCGGGGCCGCGGCGGACCUAUUUGAAUAAAGGGGCGUGCCUUCCAGGCGCGCUCUAUAAGAGCGGGCGGCGGCGUGCGUGCGCGCGUUGCCAGCCACACGCGGGACUUGUUGCUCUCCUCGCCCUGCCUGCACCUCCCGCCUCACUCUACAGCAUGAAGGCGCUGAGUCCAGUACGCGGCUGCUACGAGGCGGUGUGCUGCCUGUCCGAGCGCAGCCUGGCGAUUGCGCGGGGCCGUGGCAAGGGCCCGGCGGCCGAGGAGCCGCUGAGCCUGCUGGACGACAUGAACCACUGCUACUCGCGCCUGCGGGAACUGGUACCCGGAGUCCCGAGAGGCACUCAGCUUAGCCAGGUGGAAAUCCUGCAGCGCGUCAUCGACUACAUCCUCGACCUGCAGGUGGUCUUGGCCGAGCCGGCCCCUGGACCCCCAGACGGCCCGCACCUCCCCAUCCAGACAGCAGAGCUUGCUCCGGAACUUGUGAUCUCCAACGACAAAAGGAGCUUCUGCCACUGACCCGGCCGUCCUGGCACCUCCAAGUGAAACGCAGGUGCUGGCGCCCGUUCCGCCUGGGACCCCGGGACCCUCUCCGGCCGGAAGCCCGAGGGCAUGGAUGGGCCCCAACCUCGCCCUGCCCACUUGACUUCCCCAAACCCCUUCCUGGAGGCUGGACCUGGUGCCCGGGAGCGAAGGACUGUGAACUUGGGUGGCCUGAAGAGCCAGAGCUCGCUCUGGCCACCAGCUGGUCACCCUGCCCCCUCCCCACCCCCGAAGGUUAAGGACUGUCUUUUCAGAGUGUGUGGGGGUGGGGGGAUGGGGAGAGGAGUGGCUGCUUUCCAAACUCUGCCAAGGCGGCGGUAGAGCUGGUCUUCUGGUCUCCUUGGAGAAAGGCUCUUGCCCUGAUUUAUGAACUCUAUAAUAGAGUAUAUAGCUUUUGUACCUUUUUUGCAGGAAGGUGACUUUCUGUAACAAUGCGAUGUAUAUUAAACUUUUUAUAAAAGUUAACAUUUUGCAUAAUAAACGAUUUUUAAACACUUGUGU